AUGACAAAACCGAAAAGCACUAAAAAGGCACAGCAGACAAAAGCUGUGCUAGCUCGUUCUGCACGUAUAUCUUAUUCUCUUGUUGAUCCUGAUUCAAGUGAAGAAUAUGUUGAUUCCAAUGAUAAUUCAGAUGAAAGUUCGGAUGACAAUUUUAUGAAGCUGGAUGACCUUGGUGAUGCAAAUUUAAUAAUUGAAGCUUUGACA